AUUUUUUUGGGUAAGACCUAUUGAAUGGCCGUUGGCAGCAGCAGCUUAUAGUGCAUAUAUGGACUCUGCUGAAAGUUUGUAACUACUUCCUUAUUGAUCUGAGGCGUAUCGUUCUCCACACGCGACGACGAAUUACGAUGAACUUGCUCGGAAAUCCUAUCCCAUUUGGCCGCAUAUAAUACGUGUACAGAGAUAUUUAAAUAAGAGGGAAUCUUCACCCAAAAGAUCAAUCCUUUUGAGUCCCCUUACCCUCAAUUCAUUACAUAGAAGAAGAGGGGCAAAUUUCUCUCGUCAACCCUCGUAGAAUUUCGACCCAGGCGAAUAGGUUUUACGGUAGGUCAUCGAUGGCGCCUAAUUGGGCUUUCAUUUCCCGAAUCACCCUUCUUCUCCUCCUUGUCGGAGCUAUUGUCACCGCUUGCCUCACUCUCCCCGUCGAUAAGAUAAUGAAGAAUUUUUUACAAUGGAUUCAAGAAGAUCUCGGUCCUUGGGGGCCAAUUGUACUGGCUUUAGCAUAUAUUCCUUUGACUGUUCUUGCUGUUCCAGCUUCGAUUCUUACUGUUGGUGGUGGUUAUCUGUUUGGCUUGCCUGUGGGUUUUGUUGCUGAUUCUAUUGGCUCUACACUUGGUGCAACAGCUGCUUUCCUUGUCGGCAAAACUAUUGGGAGGUCUUUGGUUGUAUCCAAGUUAAAGGAUUAUCCACAGUUUCGUGCAAUUGCCAUCGCAAUUGAUAGAUCAGGCUUUAAGAUUGUGCUACUGCUCCGACUUGUUCCUUUACUUCCAUUCAACAUGUUGAAUUACCUCUUAUCAGUCACUCCGGUUGGGUUGGGAAGUUACACGCUUGCAUCUUGGUUGGGAAUGAUGCCAGUUACUUUUGCAUUAGUAUAUGUCGGAACAACUCUCAAGGAUCUUUCGGAUGUCACACAUGGAUGGCACGAGUUCUCAAAUGCUCGUUGGGCAUUAAUAAUAACAGGCUUCAUGGUAUCUGUGGUACUUCUAAUUUGCGUGGCAAGAGUUGCGAAGAGCGCAUUAAACAAGGCACUGGCUGAGUGCGAAGCUGACAGUAAUCUUCCCUCGUUACCAGUAUCUGAUGCUUCGGAUGUGGCCAGCCAUCUCCAUCAGCCACUCAUAGUAAAGAUAGACGAACAAUCUAAUGAGGACCAUCGUGAAGAUUGAAGCUUUACAUGUAGAUUCUUAGUUUUAUUAUUCUUAAGCAUUUUGUGUAAGCCUUCCCUUUUCUUAACUUGUACAGCUACCUACACUCGAUUUAGUGUGUAUGUAUAGUCUUAUGUAUGGGCUGCAAACCAAACCAUUUCCAUCAAAUGAACAAGUUAACAACACAAAAUGUUUCUUUCUUUA